GCGUCGCAUCUCAACUCAAGCUGCAAAGCAUCUUCUUCCAAGCCCAACGCUGCUGCCACUGUUCGUCAUUUGCCCGAUUAUAUCCAAAUUCUCCACUACCCAACUGCGAUAACAUCACUGAAAAUCCUGCGCGACCCGGGGUUUGCAAUAAUAUCCAACCCGCAAAUCACACACCCAAACGACGACGCGACUUGAACGAAUAAUCAACUUUCAUCGCGACUAUCCACCAGCCGGGACAGCGCAAGCCCACACACAUCUCCCCAGCUCUUCGGAGCGCCAGCAAUCAUACAACAUGGCAGCCGUCGCCCCCCGCCCCGAAACAGACCACAUCCUGACCCACGCCGCGACAGCAACCUCCUUCGCCUUCACCCCCUUCCUCCGCCAGACCUACCGCCACGAGCUCUCCUCCGACCGCCCGCAAUGCAAACCCUUCCUCGCAGGCCACUGCCCCCUCGGCGCCGCCUGUCCAGACCGCCACGCCUCCUCCAGUUCCUCGAACCCGACGGGAGGGCCUUCCCUGGUAUGCAAGCACUGGCUCCGCGGCCUCUGCAAAAAGGGCGAGUCGUGCGAGUUCCUGCACGAGUACAACCUCCGCAAGAUGCCCGAGUGCAACUUCUUCAUGCGCAACGGGUACUGCUCCAACGGCGAGGAGUGUCUAUACCUGCACAUUGAUCCGCAGUCCAAGCUGCCGCCGUGCCCGCACUACGAUAAGGGGUUCUGUCCGCUGGGUCCGCGGUGCAGUAAGAAGCAUGUGCGGAGGAAGCUGUGCGUGUAUUAUCUGGUGGGAUUCUGCCCCGAGGGUCCGGGGUGCAAGUAUGGCGCGCACCCGAGGUGGAGGACGGAUCUGGAGAAGCCGAGCGUCAAGGUGGAGGGCGAGGACAGGGAGAUUAAGAGGGAUGGGGAGAGGGAGGAUGGCGAGAUGUUUCAGAUGCAUCAGCGGGAUAGGCAGCGGGAUAUGCAUGAUGAUCGCGGGCACGGGGGUGAUCGGAGACACGGUGGUCGUGGGGGUAGGUGGCGCGGUGGAGGGAACAAGAGAUAUCGUGGACGUGGUGGUCACUGAGAGAGGCUUUUGUGGAGGCGGUGAUGGAGGCAUGCGUGGGAUUGUAACUAGGCUGCCUCGACUAGGAUUGCAGAGUCGAGAGCAUCCUGUGAGGGCGUGGAAGCCGCCAGGGGAUAGCUGGCAGGACGUGGCAGCAUUGCCCGGAUGCGGCCAUAAACAUAUCCAAUGAUACCAAAUUCUAUGAGC